UGCGCAGGAGGUGUUCGUCUUCUGUCAGCGAACCAAAUGAAAACAUAAUUUCAAUGUUCACAGACUGAGUUAAAUCAUCAUUGCUGUUUCCAGAGACCAAACUAAACUCUAUUUGAGUCUAUAAGAGACUGUGAAUGGACAAUGGAGUGUGUUCCUGCUGUUCUAGAUGAGUUGGAUGGUAAAAAAGAGGCACCCAUAGAGGACCCAGAGUAUAAUGUGUACACACGCUUCAUGAAAUCCCACCGAUGUUAUGAUCUGGUGCCCACCAGCUCAAAACUUGUGGUCUUUGACACUUCUCUACAGGUGAAAAAGGCAUUCUUUGCUCUGGUAUCUAAUGGGGUGAGAGCAGCUCCUCUCUGGGACAGCAAGAAGCAAUGCUUUGUUGGUAUGCUGACCAUCACAGAUUUCAUCAAUAUACUUCAUCGCUACUAUAAGUCUCCUCUGGUCCAGAUAUAUGAGAUAGAAGAGCACAAAAUAGAGACAUGGAGAGAGGUCUACUUGCAAGAUUCUUUCAAGCCUCUCGUGAGCAUAUCGCCGAACGCCAGUCUAUAUGAUGCCGUUUCAUCUCUACUGAAGCAUAAGAUCCACAGAUUACCUGUGAUUGAUCCACUGACAGGAAACACCCUCUACAUUCUCACACACAAGAGGAUCCUCAAAUUCCUCAAACUCUUUAUAUCUGAGAUCCCCAAACCUGCGUUUCUCUCUCAAACUCUGGAGGAGUUGAACAUCGGAACGUUUUACAACAUUGCCGUGGUGCACUCCGACACGCCGCUGUACGCUGCUCUGGGAAUCUUUGUGGAUCAGAGGGUUUCCGCCCUGCCCGUGGUGGAUGAAAAUGGGCGAGUGGUUGACAUCUAUUCCAAGUUUGAUGUUAUCAAUCUGGCAGCUGAGAAGACGUACAAUAACCUGGACAUCACUGUGACUAAAGCCCUACAGCAUCGUUCACAGUAUUUUGAAGGCGUCCUCACCUGCACAGCAAACGAGACUCUUGAAGCCAUUAUCGGUAGACUGGUGGAGGCAGAGGUUCACAGGUUAGUAGUCGUGGAUGAGCAAGAGGUAGUAAAAGGCAUCGUGUCUCUCUCAGAUAUCUUGCAGGCUUUGGUGCUCACUAAUGGAGACGAUGGAACAGCUUGACGGAAGUCAAAAAUACAGAGGACGUCCCUCUUACUUUCUCUGCAGCUGGAAAGAUUGAUUGAGCACAGAGAAGUACGGGCACCCCAAUAACAGCCGUUUAUAUAGCACAACAAAUUUAUUAGAUAUUUAGCUGCCCAAUUAGCAAAGAAACUAUUACAAAAAUACAGCGCUAAAACAGUCAAAUAGGAAACAACACCAGCCACACUCCUGCGUUGCAGAUAACAACUGAAUCCAAAUGAAUUUAGCAGCAAUCUGUCACUUUAUUGCCCCCAUUUUUGGGUGUUUUUUCUCUUUGGGUUACAAAGAUUGUACCUGGAAAUAGCAUGAACUUGAAACACAAAAUGCACAGGUGUCAUACACAGUGUCAUUGGAGAAGAAAGCUAGUUUUAAUCCAGAAUAAGAGACAUUCCGAUAGCAUUCCGAGUCGCUCGUGUCACACAGGUAAAUCCUUGAACGCCAAUGUUUCAAAACUGACAAACAUUCACUCCUUCAGGAUUCAGCGGAAAGUAUCAUUACUUAGAUUACUUAGUUUCUUCUCAUGUAGAGCUCUUGAUUUGUGAACGCUGAGGUUUCUCUGGACACGCUACCCGUGUGAAAAUCCAAGUUAUCUUUAGUUCCACACUGAGUCAUUUCGACUUUCUUUACAAUGUGAAAACGGGGCAAAGACAAGGGAGAUCUUUUGUAAGAUGUUUUAGAUGUUUAAUCAGUUCAUAUUUAGCAUUAUUGUUAGAAGAUAGAAUCCCACCACCACAUUGUUAUAGAGUGCAAAAAUGCCCGCCCGCUUUAUUUUUACACGUCUUGGAUACGGAAGUAUGUCACAUUUCUUUUUUCCAUAGGCAUUUCAUAAUAUCCUUCAUAAGCCAACGAAUCAAACCAACCAGCUCCGAGGUGAAUCACAACAUUAAAAACUUUAAUCUGAAGAAAACUUUAACAUUGAAAAUUGGACAAAAAGCCAAAGAUACAAGACUGUUUACUAACGUACUUAACGCUUGUGCUGCGUUGACAUUUUUGGCCUACUUUGGUGUUCCCGGUCAAAAAUGACCGGCCUAUUAAAAAUAGCUUAUAAAUCUCUAUCAUUAUGCUAUAUUAUCACCAAAUAUUGGAUUACAUCUUUUUGUCAACUUGUGUUCUUUGUUCGCACAGGUUUUGUAUUUCUUUUUUGGAGCUUAUUGAUCAAAGGCCUCAUUGACCUGAGUUUAUGCACCUCCGUUUUUGAGUAAAAAAAAGCAUUAUUUCUGGAUAAUUUUGGCAAUAUUAUAUAAAAUGUGAAAAUAUUCUGUGCUAUUACAAAAUAAGUACUGUUGUGAUGUUCCCCAUUCAUUUUCAAUGGCUGGUCAUCUUUGACUGGGAGCACCACAAUUCUAUUGGACAGGGGUCACUGUGGGGCAAAGGCAGUUCUCGUGUGUGUGCGUGCGCGCGCGUGUGUAUGUGCAGUUCCGAGGCCUUUAUGUUUACAAGCACACAUGCACAUAUAUGAACAUGCUCCUAAACACUAAAUCUUUCUCUUAUUUUUGAUCUCCCCCAUUCAUUUUCAAUGGCCGGUCAUUUUGACCAGGAACACCACAAGUGUAACAAGGUAAAUGGGAUUUUUACCACCAAAAUCAGACCGUUGCGCUCUUAUUAUUGAUAUAUCAAACAGAAAUGAAGCUCUUUAUUGUAUCGGCUCAGACACGUUAGAAUCAAUGCUCAUGUUUUUCAACAGUUACAGAGGGUUUAACACUGCACAAGUGUUCAUUUACAGUUACAGCUUGAAAUGUUGCUACUGAUUUCACGACGUCAUUUGCGAGAAAUAUUUAGUGUUUUUAUAGAUGUAAAGUGGGAAGUUCAUUAAAUUCAAUGAGGAGUUCGAGCAAAGCUGUUGUGAAACGUCCACUUCUGGACGGCACGCCCUUUUGUGUCAUGUUUUUUUACAUCGUAGCCAGACUUGCUACGGGCAACAGAUCAUUUCACCAUGUUAAUGUAAUAUAGCUGGUUUCACUCUCUCUGUAAUCAUUUUUAUGACUCAAAUGGCUGAAAUGUAAAUACACAAACUGUUUUCUAAUUCAUGUCGUGUUUUAUUCAAUGCAUGAGCAAAAUAAAAUGUAUUCAGUUUGUCAAAUGUUUUCUUUUAAUUGCUCACAAACACGUCAGCGGCUGAACAAACCGUUGACGUAUUAUUGUAAUUAUUAAAACAAUCAUAAUGCAACCUCCAUUUAUGCUCUAUUGAAGGAUCCAAGUUAGCGGCUCUCGUUAUCCAUUGAUGUUGUAAACUUUAUGAUAAUAUAGCCUGGCAAUUCUAAUAAAUAUAAUAAAUAAUGUGACAUUUGAUAACGAAGUUUUGCGGCAUUAUGAUGUCAUGGCAAGGAAGUUGUUAAAUUGUUUAUAACUUUAAACAUCAAGGAUUGAUAGUUAUUU